CUGCCAGGUGGGGCUGUGACUCAUCAGGAAAUAACUCACCUGAGUUGUUGAUCGGGACAUUUUGGACUGGUUGAAGAAACAGUCGAGUGAGGCUGAGACGCAGUUCUUCCUCUCGGAGUGGAGCUCCAGAUGAAGGGUUAGGAGUACUUCCUGCCAGGUGGGGCUGUGACUCAUCAGGAAAUAACUCACCUGAGUUGUUGAUCGGGACAUUUUGGACUGGUUGAAGAAACAGUCGAGUGAGGCUGAGACGCAGUUCUUCCUCUCGGAGUGGAGCUCCAGAUGAAGGGUUAGGAGGACCCAUCAGAGACCAGACCUGCUGACCUGAGCCCAGCUGUGUGUCCAUGAAGAGCCACCGGUCCACGGAGACACCACCACUUUAAAACAAGGAGAUCUGUAAUGGAGCAAAAAAGUGUGAGGGAAACAAUUGAAAAGGAGAGCAGGACAGUGGAAAUAGAGAAGAGGAGAAGGAGGACCCAUCAGAGACCAGACCAUCCUGAUUCUGAUCCUGAUCCUGAUCCUGAUCCUGAACCCAGCUGUGUGUCCUUCAAGAGCGACUGGUCAUAUGAUGCCCUCAUUGACUUUAAAGGAGAACAACCCUCUGCUGGAAGGAGACUGGACCAGGAGAGCUCAGAAGGUCCCAGUGGUCAGCCUGCCCAGCAUUAUCAAACCCACCUGGACUCCAUCUUUAUGCUUCUGGAGGACGGCAUCUUCACUUUUGUGAAGAACGAGCUGAAGAAGAUUCAGAAGCUUCUGAGACCAGAUUACCCAGAAUGCCCAGAGAGUCAGAGUGAGGGUGAGGAUGAAGAGCAGAGGAGGAACAGAGAGGCGUUUCUGAAGAUCACACUGCACUUCCUGAGGAGAAUGAACCAGGACGGGCUGGCUGACCGUCUGCAGAGCAGUAGUCCAGCAGGAGUUUCUAAGUGUAAACUCAAAUCUAAGUUAGACAGGAAGUUCCAGCGUGUGUUUGAGGGGAUUGCUAAAGAAGGAGACCAAACCGUUCUGGAUCAGAUGUUCACAGAGAUCUACCUCAUGAAGGGAGGGGCUGCAGAGGUCAAUGAUGAACAUGAGGUCAGACAGAUUGAAACAGCAUCCUGGAAACCAGACCGACCAGAACCAACAAUCAGACAAGAAGACAUCUUUAAAACCCCACCUGGAAGAGAUGAACCAAUCAGAACGGUGAUGACAAAGGGAGUGGCUGGCAUCGGGAAAACAGUCUUAACACAGAAGUUCACUCUGGACUCUGAAGGCAAAGCCAACCAGGACAUCCAGUUCAUAUUCCCAUUCACCUUCAGAGAGCUGAAUGUGCUGAAAGAGAGAAAGUUCAGCUUGGUGGAACUUGUUGAUCACUUCUUUAGUGAAACCAAAGAAGCAGGACUCAGCAGGUUUGAAGAAGUCCCGGUGGUCUUCAUCUUUGACGGUCUGGAUGAGUGUCGACCUCCUCUGGACUUCCUCAACACUGAGAUCCUGACUGAUGUUACAGAGUCCACCUCAGUGGGUGUGAUGCUGACAAACCUCAUCAGGGGGAAUCUGCUUCCCUCUGCUCGCCUCUGGAUAACCACACGACCUGCAGCAGCCAAUCAGAUCCCUCCUGGGUGUGUUGACAUGGUGACAGAGGUCAGAGGGUUCACUGACGCCCAGAAGGAGGAGUACUUCCGGAAGAGGUUCAAAGAUGAGGAGCAGGCCAGCAGAAUCAUCUCCCACAUCAAGAGAUCCCGAAGCCUCCACAUCAUGUGUCACAUCCCAGUCUUCUGCUGGAUCACUGCUACAGUUCUGGAGAAGGUGUUGAAGACCAGAGAGGGAGGAGAGCUGCCCAAGACCCUGACUGAGAUGUAUAUCCACUUCCUGGUGGUUCAGUCCAAAAUGAAGAAUGUCAAGUAUGAUGGAAGAACUGAGACAGAUCAAACCUGGAGUCCAGAGACCAGGAAGAUGAUUGAGUCUCUGGGAAAACUGGCUUUUGAGCAGCUGCAGAAAGGCAACCUGAUCUUCUAUGAAUCAGACCUGACAGAGUGUGGCAUCGAUAUCAAUGCAGCCUCAGUGGUCUCAGGAGUUUUCACACAGAUCUUUAAAGAGGAGAGUGGACUGUACCAGGACAAGGUGUUCUGCUUCGUCCAUCUGAGUGUUCAGGAGUUUCUGGCUGCUCUUCAUGUCCAUCUGACCUUCACCGACUCUGGAGUCAACCUGCUGUCAGGAACAAAAACAUCAUCAACACAGUUCUACCAGAGUGCUGUGGACAAGGCCUUACAGAGUCCAAAUGGACACCUGGACUUGUUACUCCGCUUCCUCCUGGGUCUUUCUCUGCAGACCAACCAGGAUCUCCUACGAGGUCUACUGCCACAGACAGGAAGUAGCUCAGAAACCUAUCAGGAAACAGUGGAGUACAUCCAGAAGAAGAUGGAUGAGGAUCUGUCUGCAGAGAGAAGCAUCAAUCUGUUCCACUGUCUGAAUGAACUGAAUGAUCGUUCUCUAGUGGAGCAGAUCCAACGGUACCUGAGUUCAGGACGUCUCUCCACAGAUAAACUGUCUCCUGCUCAGUGGUCAGCUCUGGUCUUCAUCUUACUGUCAUCAGAAGAAGAUCUGGACGUGUUUGACCUGAAGAAAUACUCUGCUUCAGAGGAGGCUCUUCUGAGGCUGCUGCCAGUGGUCAAAGCCUCCAAAAAAGCUCUGCUGAGUGGCUGUAACCUGUCAGAGAGAAGCUGUAAAGCUCUGUCCUCAGUUCUCAGCUCCCAGUCCUCUAGUCUGAGAGAGCUUGACCUGAGUAACAACAACCUGCAGGAUUCAGGAGUGGAGCUGGUCUCUGAUGGACUGAAGAGUCCACACUGCACUCUGGAGACUCUCAAGUCAGACCAACUUACUCUUUGUCUUUAAUUUGAGAUGUUUGUGUAGUUGUUUCUUUAGAUAAUUUAAUUUAAACAGCCCUUCUCAUGUCAGGACUAAUUUCAGAAGGUCUUUGAAUGUUUCCUAAGUAUUUUUUUUUGUAUUCAUAAUCA